CCUGAUUUAUUCUUCUGGGUCAAACCUACGGCGUAGCCUACACGUACCCCGCUACGCAGCGGAGCACGUUUAUACUUCUGCGUGUGCGUAUCAGUGGCCCUGCGUCGCUCGGCAGUGUAAGACGCAAAGGCGGGAAGGGUGUGGGCAGGAACGUGAGGCUCGGCAGACCAAUCACAGUGGCUAUCUGGUCGCACAGUUACAUUUAUCAGAGAGGUCCACGAGGAGCCUACGCUGUAGGUUUUACACAUAAGUAUAAAUUGGCCUUAAUCUUCUUAUUGAACAUCAGUUCAUGUAAGGAUUUACACAUAAUGGUCCUUUGUUGUGCCAAUUAAGAAAAUUGUGUUUCAUGCAAUGCAAUAAACAUUUAGCCUAAUGUUGAACAUAAUUUGUUUAUUUUGUGGAUAUUUACCAGGGCUUGGGGCACCUGUAUCACUGAAUUAAUUAAUUAUUUAACUAAUCCAAUUAUUUAACUUUCCACACAGGACAAUGGAGGACUGUAUAAAGAAAUCAGUGCUACAAGAAGAGAAAAGAAAAGGAAACAAUAAAAAUAUAACAAUUGAAGUACAUCUCCUUAAGAAAGAAGAUGAUCACAACACAUUCAUAGGAGCUACUCUCAAAAGAAUGACACCCUUCAGAACCACAAAUUCAGCAAGUCAGAAGGACAAGGACAAGCAAUAUUAUAUUUUCUACUGUAUCCAUUCAGGAAUUAUCCGCAAGGCAAGCUACAAGAUAUCAGGAUGCAAGGCUUACACAUUUUUCAAAAUUAAAAAAUGAUUGGCUCAGCCACAAAGUCAUUGUUCAACGCACAAUGAGCACAAUGGACAUGAUGCAGAUUCUGAAAAAGAGGGUCAUUUCCAAAGAGUAUGUCUAGAUUUGGUCAAACAAAUUGAAGAAUGGAUCUCGUUAGGUGUCAAACCGGAUGUUAUUCUUUUGGAAGCCCAUAGAUGGUCUAAAGCUCGAGGAAACACUGACUUGAACAACCGUCAAUACUUUGUCACUCCAAAGGACAUUGACAGCAUUCGUACAUGCAUGUUGCGUAGAAACCAUUUGGAUAAAGACGAUGCCAUUAGUUCAGCAAAACUACUGACAAGUCAUUGCAAGGAGCAUGUUGUAUUUUUUCAGCCAUUUAGCCCUGAAAAUGAUCUAAUAAUUAUUCUUCAGACCCCUACCAUGCGAGACGGUCUACACAGACAUGGAAAGAACAUUGUAUUUAUGGAUGCCACUUACUGUACUAACCAGUAUAAUUUCCCACUCUUUACCUUGGCUGUAAAAGAUGAAUAUGGCCAUGGGGUACCUAUUGCCUAUAUGAUAACAAGCAGCGAAAAGCAGGCAACUUUGGAGCUAGCUUUACAGAAACUGAGGCACACCUUUCUUACUCCACCAAGGUGCUUUAUGGUGGACAAGGAUCUCUGCGAGAUAAAUGGACUCAGGGCAGUUUUUCCAGAGUCGGAUGUCCUGCUGUGCUGGUAUCAUGUUAUGCAGGCUGUGGUGCGUUGGAUUUCAAAGACAGAAUCUGGAGUCAGUGGAUUCUCGAAUGGUGACAUUAAAAAGGACAUCAUUUCUUUUUUCUCAAAACUGAAAAGUUGUGCCACAAGACAUGAUUUUGAAACAAUGGCCAAGCUAUUCCAGAACAGAUUUGAAGAGUUCCUGGCUCUUUGCACUUACUUCCGGGAUCACUGGCUGGGAAUAGGAGACAUGUGGUCUGAUUUUGGACGAUGCUACAACCAUACAGGCUCAGACACCAACAAUCUAGUUGAGAGAUUUUUCCAUUGCCUAAAAUAUCAGUUUCUGGGCGGCCUCAGGAAUCGGAGACUGGAUGACCUCAUCAACGUACUCCUGAAGAAGACAGAUGGGUACUUCCAAGUCAUUCAUGGUUUGCAGUCAGCCGGCAGAAUAAAGAAUGCCUCCAUGAAGUCAGAUGAUAUCCAUACAUCAGCCUGUAGGUUGGUGGAAAAAGGCUGGAUUGACAGAAUAGAUCGCAUAUCCCAGGAAAUGUACAUUUAUAAUGUUCCUUCAGAGCAAACCCAUGGUCUAUCCUAUAAAGUCUGUCCAUCUGAAAGUUUUUGUAGUUGCCCAGAGGGAAUCCGAGGUCGCAAGUGUAAACACCUUGUAGCACUUGGUUUGCUGAAUGAACUUGAUGCAGAGAAGUUUCCUAAUCUGAAUUGUCAGAUGAAUGCACAUGCUAGCAUGAUAAAGCAAAAGAAGCUUUACUCAGUUCUGUGUUUUGACACAAAAGAGGUGGAUGUACAAAGUUUAUGCAGCGAGAGAACUUUCCAUACUUCUGCCACAACAUUCCUGUGUACUUGUUGCACAUAUUCCUACAAUGACAACUGUGCUUGUCUUCUUCUGGCUUGUGAACUGUUUGAUGUAACAAGAACAACCACUACGCCUACUCCAUGCAAGGUCAACACUUUAUUCCACUUAAAUGUGAAUACAGCAGUUGACUGCACUGCAACAGUGCUGGAGAAAUUAAAUAAAAUACUGGAGACUGUGCAAGAAUGGCAAACUGUUCCUCAGCCUAUUCAGCAGCAAAUUGAGAAACUGCAUGAUACAGUAACAAAUGCUAACAGGGCUGUACAUACAUUUCCAGCAGUAACUAGCGAUGUGACCAGAAAGAUUAAACCUUUGUUUCCACACAGAUCAAAGAAAAUAAAACGAAAAUACAGAAAGCACAUUCACAAGUAG